AUGAAAAUAACAACAUGGAAUGUCAGGGGUCUAUCGGUCCCUGACAAAAAACGUUUGGUCAAGAGGGCUUUUCAAAGAGUUUCAGGAGACAUCAUCAUGUUGCAAGAGACCAAGCUCAAUGAAGAAAAAGCUUUCUUUUUCAAAUCUUUAAGUAGGAUGUUUGAUAGUGUCUUUCAAGAGGCAAAAGGCUCCAUGGGUGGAUUGGUGAUUUUAUGGAAUCCAGAUAAAGUGACAAUAGAAUUGAUUAAUAAGCAAAAUAAUUGGAUGCACUAUAAAGCAAGAACAUUGCAGGAAGAUUUGGAAUUCUCCCUAAUCAAUGUUUAUGGACCGACAAAGACAGAGGAAAAAAAAAGGGUUUGGAAAGAAAUUACAGAUCAGAUCAGAAUGUUUGAACCGGAGAAAACAAUUGUAGCAGGAGAUUUUAAUGCAAUUCUCAACAACGAUGAAAAAUGUGGAGGUUUAAGAAUGAAUGCCCGAGUGAUGGAAGAUUUCAGAGAUUUUGUAGAAAAUAAUAACCUUUUUGAUGUUGUUCCUAAAUCUGGAAAUUUCACAUGGACCAAUAGGAGGGCAAACUUUUGCAGAAUCUCCGAGAGAUUGGACAGAAUAUUUGUUGGUUCAUUUUGGAUAAGAGGUAGUUUUGAUCUGGAAUCAAAAAUCCAGCCCAUAACACUUUCAGACCAUUACCCGGUUCAGUUAACUUGCACAAUACCAUUGAUGAAGGUGAAAGGCAACUUCAAGUUCUUAAGCAUGUGGUGGAGCGAUUCAAACUUUGAGGAAAACAUUGAAAAAUGGUGGAAAGAAUGUAAAGAUAUUAAGGGCACUCCUAGUUUUUGUUUUGUUCAAAAGUUAAAAUAUCUCAAAAACAAGAUCAAAAUAUGGAACGUGGCUUCCUUCAAGAACAUCUUUGCCGAAAAAAUCAGAGUGGAAGAGGAACUAAAUAGGAUUAAUAAUCUGGUGAUAGAGAAGGGGAUGACGAAUGAAGAAUUCCAUGAAGAGAAUUCCCUUAAAGCGGAACUGGCAAAAAUACUCCUAAGAGAAGAAAUGUACUAG